UGUCUCAGGGGAUCAGAAGCCCAGUGCGGUGUGUGAAGUGUCCUGGAGGAGAAAACAGAACAUAUGUGGGAAAUAGAAAGAUUUAUUGUGGAGAAGCUCGUGUGAAUGUGGAGUUUAUGAACAGAAGCUCUUGUGAAUGUGGAGUUUAUGAACAGAAGCUCGUGUGAAUGUGGAGUUUAUGAACAGAAGCUCGUGUGAAUGUGGAGUUUAUGAACAGAAGCUCUUGCAGACAUCUGCUGAACAUGCCUCCUCUCCCUGGUUUAAAGGCUGGGCAGGGGAUGGCGCAUGCGCACUGCACUCAGGGAGUGUUGGAGACGGUCAGAGAGACGGACCGUUCAGAACCCGAUCAGAACCGCGGUCUCCCGCCUGGAUAUAAUCCCAUAAUCCACACCUGUAAUGAAACGGUGCUUCGGCGUGUGUCGGCGCGCUGCCAUGCGGACAAACCGGACAUGUAUUACUACUGCUACCGGAGUACAAUGAGCGCGGCGUGGCCCGGAGCGGAGCGUCCGCAGAGCUGCUGCGGUGGUGGUGGUGGAGGAAGAAGCGGCCAGAUCGUGAACGGAAACGGUAUCGGAGAGAUCACCGAGUGGGAGUGCGAUCCCGCCGCCUGCACGGGGACGCGGGGGAGAGCGGACGGUGCGUGGCGCGGAGGCGCAGAUGGAGAGGAGGGUCCUCGGUGCACGGGGAGAACCGGGAGAGAAGCCGCGCAGAGAAAGUGCCGGAGACCGUCGGUGGCGCUUAGCAAGCGCCGGGGAUGCAGUUCCGGCGGGGGCGAGAAGAGGGCGUGUUUCUCCGCGACGAGCACCGCGGAGGCGUCGGCGGCGUUUCACUGCGGCGGCUCGGAGCCUGACAGCGGUACUGUGUCCGGUUACGGGGGCGAGGCUCGUGUCCGGAACACAUUGUGGGGAAGUGGAGAGAACCGCGAGGUGCGAGACGAAAGUGCGAGUUUUCCGUGCGACAGGAGCGGCGCGGUGAACGGAGAGCGGCGGCGUGGCUGCAGGACGGCCCGGGGCCGUGUGAGGCUGUGUCGCGUACGGUCCUUCCUGGCUUCUGCCGCGGGGAUGAGUGCGAGUGGUGCGGGGCGUGUGGCUCAACUCUCGGAGAACGGGGACUGGGCGCAUCGGCCGCAGCACACAACGAGGCUCGGCGUUGCUUCCUCCACCUCCACCGGCUGGUCCGGAGCGCGGCGGCGCGUUGUAAACGGCGGCCGGUGCGCGGUGCAGGUGGAAGCGUCCCGCGCCGAGGCCGAGAAGCGGCAGGUGCUGCUCGGAGAGAGAACCGAUGUGUUAUGGCGCCGCCUCCACGCAGUGCAGGUGAAGCAGGUGGAGCGACACGUCACGCAACAGCUGGGAGACCUGCGCGAAACCGCCGUGACCCCGAGCACCGCCGAGCUCAGCCGCCUGGCACGCACCUGCAGUGGUGUCCUCCGCACCGCUGGGGGCGCCCUAGACUCCGACCACACAGGCAGCUCCAGUGACACUGAGGAGGAGAAGGAGGACAAGGAUGAUGAGGAUGAUGAUGAUGAUGAUGAGAAUUGGUGUAAAGGAAAUGCUUCACCAUCCAGAGUGAAAUCAGUGUGCAGGAGCAGGGAGUGGCGGUGGAUAAGAGAGAGGGCGUGGCUAGGCAGUCGGUGGGUGUGGCUACAGGCUCAGGUGUCGGAGCUGGAGUAUGGGAUCCGUGCGCUGACCGAGCUCUAUAUGCACCUGCGGCAGGAAAAGGUUUCGCAGUUGAGAGCCAUUCACUCGGUACCUGAGACGCCCCUCAGAGCUCCACGCCCCUCUCCUGCAGCUCACGACUGCAGGUUCAGGAAAAGGCUAGCUGAAGACUCUGCCUCAUCAUCACACACCCCACAAAGCGGCACUUCGUCUGCUGCUCGGGUUCGCCCACUCCUGCACCGAGCGCGACACCGACUGAUCCGCUGGGAGGAUUGCCCUGAACUGGGAACUAAGGAUGUGAGCUUGCCCUGCUGCUGUGAGCCUCCUGCAGUGUGUGUGCUGUGUGGUCCUCCACACCCGCCCGCAGACGGGAAGUCCUCAUGCAGACGUCACAAAGGCCUGGAUCAGUGUCUUCACCCUGUUCUCUCCAUGCCUUCAGACUUUCCUCAGGCAGUGGAUUGUGUGACUCCUUUGCCGGCUGGACAUGGUUCUAAUGAUGUUACGAGGUGGAUGAGAGAAUUCACUUCAUCCUGCGUGAGAAGACGUGGUCAGGGACAGCAGAAGGUGGGGCGAGUGAGGAGGAGACUUGUUGGACCACGCCCACCCAGCACACUUCCUCCACUUGUGAACGCAUCAGGUGCUUCUAACUGCAAGAGCUACAGGGGUGUGGUCAGCUCGAGUGUCCUUCAUCAACAUGCAGCAAAUCUUCAUCUCCCUGGAUUCCUCACACCUACAGGCACACCCACACAGCCGUUGCGGAGGAGGAGAGGUGAAAGUUCAUACGAUAUUGAUAACUUGGUGAUGCCCCUGGGCCUGGCUGGACUCGGAGCACGAGUGCAGAAGCUGCAGUACAAAGAAAUCAUCACUCCCAGCUGGAGAGAGCUGGACUCUGCCUGGGGAGUCUUAAAGAAGUGUGUAGGUUCAGAUGGUCAGUGUGUGAACCACUCAGAUGCUCCACAUAGACCCAGUGGAGAAAACGAGAUGGAGGACGUGUCGGACACAGUGUUUCUGAAGAGGCAUGCCAUAUGGGAGAGCAGAGAGAGGAGUCGCUGGGGGAGUUGGGCUCGGAGACGGCACCGGGGCAGGUCCUCGUCGUCUCUCAGCAAUGGGAGGAGCUGCAGUGGGUGGGAGCAGGUGUGGAGCUCCCUGGAGCAUAGGCAGGGGGAGAUGUCACCAUGUAGCUCCUCCUGUUCUGCAGCAGAUGAUCCUUUCUACCAGAUGGAAGAGGAGCAGCAGUGUGUACAACCCUGGGAGCGCAGGUCGUUCCCCCUGCUGGAAGAGGAGCUCCGCCUGCUGCAGGAAAAUGAGGAGGCGGCACUGGAGGAGGAGGCGGAGCUUGAGGAGGAGGCUCGUGCAGCAAGCGGCCGCAGCCAGAGCACGGACUCUGGCAUCUCAGUGGGCAGUUUGGAGCUCUCGCCCAGGACCCCUCAACCACGUCAGCUUCACUCAGGAUGCCACCAAACAGCAAUCUACACAACUCAGGACUCAGACUCCUCCCUGCCUUCUGUAACCCCACCCACAGUGUCCUUCCUACCUUCUUUAACCCCACCCACAUUGUCCUCCCUGCCUUCUGUAACCCUGCCCUCACUGUCCUCCCUGCCUUUUAUAACUAGACCCACACUGUCCUCCCUGCCUUCUAUAACUCCGCCCACACUGUCCUCCCUACCUUCUUUAACCACGCCCACACUGCCUUCUAUAACUUCUCCCACACAGUCUUCCCUGUCUUCUUUAACUCCGCCCACACAGUCCUCCAUGCCUUCACCCAGCACUAACUGUCCUGUAACCAGCCACAGAGUGAACACAGCUGAGACAACUCCUCCAUAAACCAGCUGGGAGAACGUUCUUCCAACGUUCUCCCCAAAACCUCCUCUUCUGCAUAUCACGCCAUCCUAUCACUCUUCACUCAUUCUGCUCGCUCCCUCUCUCCGUUCAUCUUCUCUUCACUUCCUGUGUUACAUCAUAGGUUUAGUCCUCCAAUCUCUAAUGAGUAAUAGAGCAGAUCCAGGAUCAUGUUACUGUAGUACUGCUCACCUCCUCUUCCACCUUCAUCCCUCCAUCCACCUGUACCCAUAUCCUGCUAAAGUUACGUGUUCAGCUUGCAUUUCUCUCCAUCUGUUCUUUCUCUCUCCCUCUGUUUCUCUCUGAAGGACAGAUGUUCAGGUCCACCUCAGUUUCUCAGCGUGUUCUCUCUUAAUCCUGUCUGAAACAGUUGUUCUUUCUCUCUCCCUGUCGAAUCGAAACCAGUGACCAUGUUGUGAGUUGUUUGUUUUUGUUGUACUUAUUUUGCUCGUUCAGUCUCCUGGAGCCCGUGAUCUGCUUCCACACUGAGGACAAUCUCUUUCAAGAAGUUCUCUGUUAGACACCAUCUUCUGUUUUUAGUUAUCAUGUCUUGUUUAUGAGUGUUCUCCUCAGUCACAACUCUGUUAACUUUGUAUGAAUGUGUGUGUGCUUUUUGGAAACUUUUAUGGAAAAUGAAAACACACACACACACACACACACACACACACACAGCUGUCAAUACGAAAAUAAAAUGGAAAAAAGUGACUUAUUCCUUGAUGGAGAGAUCAGUGACAGAAAGCUAGUAGAUCAUGAUGAUGAUGAUGAUGAUGAGACUCAGUGCUGUGGAAUCAGUGGACUUGAU